UUGUAUUUAACAUUAGGAGCGCUAUUUAUUAUCAAAACAUCUUUUUUUUAUAUUUAACCCGCAGUAACAACUGGAAUGUCGAUUUAAAUAUUACAAGUUUUAAAAUAAUUCAUCGUGCAAUAAAAAGCACAUAUAUGCCUUUAUAAAUAUUAGUUAUCGCAAAAUUUUGCAAUGAAUGCAUCGUUCCAUUCAUAUACUGAUAUACUAGCGGCGCAUCAAGAUUCCUCUAGUCCGGAAAAUUUCCCUUCAGUAGUCGUUGGUUACAGAACCAGCCACACCAAGGAUAUUGCUGAAAGUAACUCAAAUAUCUCUUCGUCUCAAUUGUCGUUUAUGGAUGAGUCUUCGAAUGAAUUUAAUAACCAACAGUUAAUACAUCCAAACACAUUAAUAAAAGUGUGUGGUGGUUGUGGAGAUAAAAUAAGUGAUAGAUAUCUUUUAUAUGCAUUAGACAGAUAUUGGCACAACGGUUGCCUAAAAUGUCAUUGCUGUGGAGCUAUGUUAGCCGACGUCGGCUCUAGCUGUUUUACGAGACGAGGUCUAAUUCUCUGUAAAAAGGACUAUUCCAGUAUGUUCGGUAGUUCUGGUGUUUGUUCUGGAUGUGGGGAAACUAUACCCCCAAGUGAAAUGGUAGCAAAAGCUCUUACUGGAAUUAAUAAUAUCGAUUUACAAAAUCAACAAAAACAAAUUAUAAACUGUGUAUUUCAUCUUAGAUGCUUUAGUUGUGCAAAGUGCGGAUCUAAUUUACGUCCUGGUGAUAGGUAUACAAUGUUGGGAGCUAGCCUGGUUUGUGAACAAGAUUGGCAUAAGUUGCUUAAAAACCCCCCAAAUUCUAAUGGGACACUAGCACAACGGAAAGGAAAAGUUGGAAGACCAAGAAGAUCAAAGGACUAAUAUAAUUACAGAUUUUAACUCUAAUAAUAUAAAUUUAAGACCAUAGUUCAUUAUUUGUAUAUCUAUAUUUUAAAAUUCGAAAUAUU